AUUAGACUUUAAGCCCAUGAUUGAGCCCAAGCACACCCAACCGAAGCCGAUCUCAUUAAAAAUUCAGAACCCUCAAUUCAUUUCUUUGACCUCACUCUGAUUUUCUUCUUCCCCAAAAUCAAAUCAAACUAAAAACCCUAACCCUAGAAACCUAGACCCUCCCUCAAAAAUGGUGUGCAUACGCAAGGCCACCAUAGACGACCUCCUGGCCAUGCAAGCCUGCAACCUCUUCUGCCUCCCAGAGAACUACCAGAUGAAAUACUACCUCUACCACAUCCUCUCAUGGCCUCAGCUCCUCUACGUCGCUGAAGACUACAACGGUCGCAUCGUCGGCUACGUCCUAGCCAAGAUGGAAGAGGAGAGCAACGAGUGCCAUGGCCACAUCACCUCUCUCGCCGUGCUCCGAACCCACCGCAAACUCGGUCUCGCCACUAAGCUCAUGAGCGCGGCCCAGAACGCCAUGGAACAGGUGUUUGCAGCUGAGUACGUCUCGCUUCAUGUGAGGAAGAGCAAUCGUGCGGCUUUCAACUUGUAUACGGAGACUUUGGGGUAUAAGAUUCAUGAUGUUGAAGCUAAGUACUAUGCCGAUGGGGAAGAUGCGUAUGAUAUGAGGAAGGAGCUGAAGGGGAAGAAGGUACAUGGACAUAGUCAUGGACAUGGUCAUGGGCAUGGGCAUGCGCACCAUCAUCACCAUCAUCACCAUCAUGAACAUGGUGGUGGGUGUUGUUCGGGGGAGGCAGUGAAACCGGAAAAGACAGAGGCGAAAAAGGUGGAGAGAGGGAAUGCGAAGGCGGAGGCAAGAGCGGGAUGAGAGUGAGAGAGUUUCUUAGGAGUUUUAGUGGCCAUGCUAAAGCAUCAAGUUCGCUUCUUGAAAAAGAGAACAUGCAGAAAACAAUAUGAUGUUGUAGUGUGAAAAGUCAGCCUUGUCAGUGAUGUAAGUUGGGUCAAGUUAUCUGGUGAAGGUUUGGAUAUCGUGAUUAGGAAUUAAUGUAUUUGGUUCAACUAGCAUUGUAAGUUUCUUUCUUUGAUUCUACAUUGUUUUUUUCUUUUAUUAAAUUAUAUGGGUAUGAAGAUUUUCUUCUACCUUUCAAUUUAA